GACAUUUAUCCUACCAUUCUCACUGUCACGCCUAAUUACCUGGUCCUUGGUAAAGUAUGUCAGAAAAUCGAGGUCGUAGAGGCUCCUUUGCUUCUACACAACCAGUUCCGUCCAUUGCUUCAUCUUUGUCCGUUCGUCCCAAGAUUUCAUCAGAUAUAUGCGCCAAAUUCGUUACUACAACGAAGGGCGGCCGCACAGAAGGUUCUUUAUAUACACUACACCUCUGAGACAAUGGUUUUGAAACGGUUUUCAGCAUUGACGCUUAGCAUCGGGAAACCUGUAACCAUAGGAAGGAACCCCGCUAUCUGCUCAUACAUUAUUCCUGACGUUGUAGUUUCAAGCCUGCACUGCAAGAUAUAUGCGUUAAUAGGGGGUUUUUUUUUUCACUCACUUGCAAUUGGUGACUAUUCCCAACAGGGUUCAAUCAUGUACAGGAGGAGUCAUUAUAUCGUGCCAAGUACUUUUAUUUUUCAUGCGAUAUCGCUAUGAAAAACACGUUCUAUGCCCCAUUCUUACAUCACUUUCAUUGUUAGGAUAUGUCAACUAACGGCCUUAUCUUAAAUGGCCACAAAAUCCGGAAAACCUCCGCAAUUAUCAUGGAUGGUGAUAUCAUCAAAAUACCCGCGUCACAAACGUUCCAGUGCUUCCUGAAAUGGAAAAAAUUAAUUAGUAAAAAGCCGGACUCUGAUACAGCUUCCUCCCAGCCAGAGGCCAGAAAGAGUAUUGGAAAUUAUCUCAUUACUUCACAUUGUCUGGGAAGUGGUAGUUAUGCGACUGUUCAGCUGGCGUUAGAUACUAGUGCACAUAGACAAGCAGCGUGCAAGAUAAUCAAGAGGAAAGAAGGUGUUGACCUUAGGAAAGAGAUGAAAGAAGCUACCCUUUUGAUGAACUUGCAUCACCCCAAUAUAAACCAGGUAUACGAUGUCGACUCUGAUUCAGGGUUUUUAUAUAUCAUGCUGCAACUUUCUACUGGUGGUGAUUUAUUCACGUACAUUACUACUCACUCUGGAAAUCGCCUUUGCGAAGGGGAAGCGAAGUAUAUCA